GGCGUCACAUCGCGUCGACGACGCCGUCCGAUGUCCCGGUCGUGGCUCGAUGAUUUGCGACGCGCGUGCGCGGACACGCGCGCGGACGCCGCGGCGCUCGACGCGCGCGCGCGAGACAUGGGCGCGCACGCCGGCGCGCGGCCGGACGCGGUGUGCGCGCCGCGAACGGUCGAGGAGGUGGCGGCGAUCGUCCGGACGUGCGCGAGGCACCGACGACCCAUCGUCGCGCGCGGCGCGGGCACGGGGCUCGAGGGCGGCGCCGUCGCGUACGGCGGAGGGUGCGUGUUGGACACGCGAAUGUUGCGCGCGAUCGAGAUCGACGAGGCGAACAUGUGCGCGAGAGUCGGCGCGGGGGCGCUGAAGAGCGAGCUGAACGCGGCGCUGGCGAAGCGCGGAUUCGCGUUCGGGCCGGAUCCGAGCUCGAAUCCGACGCUGGGAGGGAUGGCGAGCACGGGAGGGAGCGGGCUGAGCACGCUGAAGUACGGAACGACGAAGGAGAACGUGCGAAGCAUGACGGUGGUGACGCCGGAUGGGGAAAUCAUUCGGACGCGCGCCGAGGUUCGGAAAUCGAGCACCGGUUACGAGCUGAACGCGCUCUAUUUAGGCGCGGAGGGCACGCUGGGGGUGAUCGUGGAGCUGGUGGUGAAGAUUGUUCCGCUGCCGAAGCGGCGAUGCGGCGCCAUCGUGCGAUUUCCGACCGUCGGGGCGGCGGGGAAGACGGUGGCUGAGGCGACGGCGGCGAAUCUGUCGACGUUGCUUCGAUGCGAGUUGAUGAACGACGAAGGGAUUAAAGUGACGAAUGUGGUGUUUCAAACGUCUUUACCGUGCGUGCCGACGCUGUUUUUAGAGUUUGUGGGGAAUCGGCAGGGCGAGAUGGAGGAGGAUUGGGAAAGUUUUCUUCGCAUCGCGAAGUCGAACGGGAGCGCGUCUCACGAUUUCGCGUCAAACGGCGAGGAGUUGGACGAGCUGUGGGACGCGAGACGUGGAUGUUAUCUAGGCGCGAUGCGCUAUCGCGGAUUAGAAGCGGGGACGAACGCGAAGGAGAGCGUGUACGUUGGAGACGUGUGCGUUCCGGCGUCCAAACUUUCGGCGUGCAUCGCGGCCACGGAGCUCGAGUUCAAAAAAGCGCGGUUUCCGUGCGUCAUUUGCGCGCACAUCGCCGACGGCAACUUCCACUGUCUCAUACCCUUUCAAGAGCACGAACGCGCCGCCUUGUUGGCGCUCGAAGACAAAGUCAUCGGGAACGCCAUCGCUAUGGGCGGCUCCGCCUCCGGCGAACACGGCGUCGGCAUCGGAAAACAAAAGUACAUCAUCAUGGAGCACGGUGUGGCGCACGUGGAUAUCCAGCGCCGAAUCAAGCGCGCGCUCGAUCCGCUCAACAUCAUGAAUCCCGGGAAAAUUAUA